AUGACCAAGCAGGCGGUCUGUCUCGCGGGAAGCGGUGCCAAACUGGCCCGCACGCGGGGUACAGCGAGCGUCCCUCCCCUGAAGGCGCGGGCUCCACAAAGACAAGCCCUGAGGCUGCUCAUACACAACAAGAACCCAGAUGAUCCGAGCGGCGCGCCACUCUGUGCCAUGGAGGCGUGGUACGAGGGUGACGGCCACUGUGACGUCUGUGCCACCAACCUGAGGCAGCUGAAGCAGAAAGCUUUGCACACAAUCCUCACCCAGGAGCAGGCCAUCUGGACGGCCCAGUCCGCGGCUGCCAGUCCCUCCGGCUCCUCCCCCACCGCCUCCUCCAUCGCUGUGUCCCUCUUUGGCCACGUGAAGGUCAUGCUGCGGGUCGUCCCGGGGGCGGACUCCCCCUGUCUGAAAGUGGAGGGCCGCAGGAGACAGGUCACCGUGCUGGACCCUGCUGCUGCUACCCACAAUCCACAGCAGCAGACGCCACAGCAGCAGACCACCACAGCAGCCUUCCGGGGCGCACAGAGGUCGUUCACCUUUGACGCCGUCUUCACUCCAGAGUCCAUGCAGGGGGAGGUGUGUGAGGGUGUGUUGCCAGGUCUGCUGCAGGCGGUCCUGAACGGCGCUGAUGGCUGCGUACUGGGCUUCGGACGAGCAGGCACAGGGAAGUCGUACACGAUGACGGGCCGCGAUGACUCCAUCCUGAGCCUGGGCCUCAUCCCCUGCGCCAUCUCCUGGCUCUUCAGGCUGCUCACCAAGAGGAAGGAGAGGAGCGGCGCCGACAUCUCCGUCUCCGUCUCCGCCAUCGAGCUGUACGGCAGAAACGAGCUCCUCAGGGACCUGCUCUCUGCUGAGGACACGGGCACGGGCACGGGCACAGGCAUGGCUGGCGGCGGCAGCAGACACAAGCCAGACCUCUGCCUCUAUGAGGACCCAGUCAGUGGGAUACAGCUGAAGAACCACAACGUGAUCAGCGCUCCGACGGCAGAGAGAGCUGCAACGCUAUUGGACAGUGCACUUACCAGUCGCUGUGGCAACAGACCGGGGGCCAGCUCUCAUAUGUUCUUCACUCUGCAUGUCCACCAGCAGCAAGGCCAAGGGCCAAACAAAGAGCUCAUGUGUGGUGCUCAGAGCAGGUUGAUCCUGAUUGACCUGGGGAGCUGUGUUGAGGAGCACAGUAAGAGCAUGACCCAGCUCACCUUUCCCGAGCUCAGCAGCGUCAUCCUCAGCCUCCUCCGGGGCCACAAGCAGAUCUCAAACAGGAGCACUAAGAUGACCAUGCUGCUGCAGGAAUCUCUGGGCAAUGUCAACUGUCAGACCACAGUCAUCGCCCACGUGUCCGGGUCAUCGGAGAGGGCCGCAGAUACACUCUCUACUAUGCAGAUCGUCUCCCGUAUACACAAGACGCAAAGGAAAGCCAAGAAAUCAAGGUCCUCGUCUCCAAGUGAGCGAAGUGUUCACAGAGAGAGGAAGUGGCUCCAGGAGACCAAGUUGAGGGCAUUCCAUUCCACGGGCACUCUGGACCCGGACGACAUACCUGUGCCAAGGCUCUUACGGGACGUUGUGGAUCGCUCUGCCAGCGAGCAGUCCUGCGAUACCGUCAUUCACGUAGACUCGGAUGGAUGCAACGCUGAGGUGAACAAGAAAUCUCAGGAGUCCAUAUCCAUAAUCCCCUCUCUGCUCAAAGGCAAAACGGAAGGAGGAGGUAGCCCCGUGCUAGGGAUGAAGCUGCGGCCCCAGAGGACGUUCUUGAAAGACUUCAGACUCAUUCACCGCUCGCAAGAAGAGAAAGAACCCAAGACAGCAGCGGGGGGGACCCAGGAUGAGGAGAUGGAGUGUCUCAAGUGUAGCACCUUUGCAGAGCUUCAGGAGAGAUUGGGGUGCAUUGAUGGCAGUGAGUUGAUGAACCAAGCUACAGACAGCAAGAGUAAAUCCCAGCCAGCCUUAACAGAAAUCAAGAAAGAGGCAGAGAAGACUGACAUGUCUAAAGCAGCGUCCACUGUACAACUGAACACAGCAGUCAGUAGCUACAUGGCAGCCUGUGAGCCAAAUGCCAGUGACUGCGCGUUCACAGUCUCUUAUCAGUGUGAUCCUUCAAGUCACAAUCAAGCCAUCAGUGACAAACAACUAAUAACAGAUAGUCUGGGGAAUUCCACAACCAGCAGGAGCCAAACUAGUGCUUCAGAAUCCGAACAGUAUUCCGCGGACUCUUCCACAUGUCCAGAAUCACCUGUCAGAGACAAUUCUCUACCCUUUGAGACGGCCAAAUCCCAAGGGCCGUCCUCAGAUGAAUCCCUGCAGCAACAAGACCACAGGAUCUCUCCUAUCGGAAAGAGUUCCUCAAAGUCUUCUUCGUCCGGCUCAUCCCUGUCCUCUUCCUCCAUGUCUACGAGCACAGACUCUGCCGUCACUCUACCUGCCAACCUGAGCGAUGCCACUCCCCACCAGCUGUCUGCUGACGCCCAACGGGAGAUGAAGGCCACCAUCACGGUGACGGUGCAACAGCCCUUUGACCUGAACGGGCAAGAUGAGCUGGUGUACACGGUGGUGGAGGAGGUCACCAUCAGCGGCAUGGCCGAGAAAGGCAGGCCGGCCAACGUCAUCAGCUUCAGCGAAGGGAGUGCCCUCCCGCCAGUAGUGCCAAGUUCGCAGCCCGUGAGGAUCAUUAGUAGCGUUAGUGAUGAUGGAAACGUUCAGGAUCACGCUGCUAAGAUGAGUGAAGCUCAGAGACAGACCUCGUCAAUAGAGACAGCCAGUUUAUCAAGAGCUUGGCAUAGCAUGGAUCAGGAGGACGGCUUUGAUGAUGACUUCCCAAGCAGUCCGGGCAAAGACCACAGAGCACUGGGAGAGGCCAUGUCUACUCCAUGCAGUCCUGCAGCUACUUUGGAGAGGAGGCGAUCCCGGUCCAGACACGGACUUUUUGCAAGAGCCAAAGAGAACUUUUCCUCUGGCAGAAGGGACAGCCCAGACCAGAAGAGGAGAGCCAACAGUCAGUCGAGCUUGCCAAGGAGUCCUGUAUUACACCACAAGUCGUCUUUUUCCCACAAUGCCUCUGAUGAGUCGUGUAGAAGGAAGCACGUCAGGUCUCCUAUUGAAGACAGCAGUAAACUCUUUAGUGCAAAACUGGAGCAGUUGUCCCACAGGUCUCCUAUUGCACAUGGAUUAAGGCCAGAAUACUCUGACUUUUUCUUUUCAGAGCAGGACAAUUUCAUGACAUGCGCUAAUCCAAUGGAGCGCUUUGAAAGCGAUUCUAGUUUGCCCAGAGCGAGUAGAAGUGCACGAAGAUACCCAAAGUUCCUGCCUAUGGACGACGGAGAGAGCGGUUGUGUUAAAUCAUCAUCCAAAAGCAACCUGUCUAAAGUUUCAGCAGUGAACAAGCUAAUGAUGUCUAGUUCAAAGCCAGGCAGUAGCAACAAGAGUAGCUCAACAAGUGGCUCUAAGACCUUGAACCUUACCACCAGGUCUCUGAGACAGUCAACAAGGAGCUCCAGUUUGUCACCAGAUGAAACAACCUCUGGCUUUGGUUCUUGGUCCACCCAGUCACUAUCCCGCAGUCAAGUCUCCAGCCUGUCCCCCAGACCCUCUCUCAAAAUCCUCAAUGGGAGAAUCACUGAGUUUCUGAGAGGAAGUGGGACCUCAUCCACCAUCAACAUCACCGGUGGUGCGGGUCAGGCUUCUUCUGUGCACAAAGACAAAGGGGCAGCAAAGGACUCAGAGGACGACCAGCCCUUGCCGUCCCCUUACAGCAGGGUGACCGCCCCGAGACUGCCCAGCAGCCACUGCAGCGGGCACGCCAGCGACACCACCAGCGUCCUGAGUGGCGAGCUGCCCCCGGCCAUGGGCAAGACCUCGCUGCUGUGCAACCGCAACAGCGUGGUCAGCAGCGGGUACGAGAGCCUGAUGAGAGACGGGAGCGAGGUGACGGGAAGCAGCAUGUCCAUCCGGGAGUCAUUCAGUGACCACAGCUGCACACACAGCCUGGCGCGCAGCAGCAGGAGCUCCAAGAGGAGGAACAGCAACAGCCCUGCAGGGACGACCCAGAGGCGCCCGUCCCAGGAGACCCUGCUGUCGCUACGGAGAUCUACCAGCGGCCCGCGAGUACGCUGGGGAGACAGAGGUGCUGCCGACUCCUAUGAGCUUAAAGUCUAUGAGAUUGACAAUGUAGAUUGUUUGCAGAGAAGGGGGCUUUCUAGCGACCGCGGGGUAGCUUGCUUCAGUGCCAAGCUGAAGUUCCUGGAGCAUCGUCAGCAGCGGAUCGUGGAGCUGCGGUCCAAAUACAGCAGCCUGAAGAGAGAGCUGGAGCAGGCAAAGCAGUACCUCAUGCUCGACCCCGACAAGUGGACCCAAGAAUUUGACCUGUGGCAGACGUUUGAGGUGGACUCUCUGGAGCACCUUGAGGCCCUGGAGCUGGUGACUGCGCGGCUGGAGAGCAGGGUCAACCUGUGCAAGGCCCGCAUGAUGAUGGUGACGUCUUUCGACGCCGCGCCCAAGCGCAAGCAGAGGAGAGCCAAGAGGCAUCGGCCCUCGCCAGAUCAUCACAUGGGCUUCCUCUGACUCUGACUCCUUCAGCGUGAGAU